AUGGCGGUGCAAUCCACUCUUCGCCAUUCGGCAUCCGAAGACAUACUCGUAGCCUUUCUCGACAAGUAUAGCAAACUAAUACGAGAUCGCCUACGAAAGACCUCUCGACGUUCCAAGCUCUUUGCAGCCCUCUUACUCGCCGCGUCGAUAAUACUCAGCGCCGAAGGUGGUCGGAGAUGGUGGAAUCGAAGAAGGCAGGAGAAAGAGCAAGGACGGAAGCUUGUGCGCACGAAUUCGUGGUUAUUCAAUAAAGAUGGUUCACGAACGAUAUACGUUCCGUAUAAAGAUGGGACGUCUAAAGUAGUUAUCAAUCGGACAAAACCUUUAACCUUCGAAGCGCAUCGUCGGCUCUUCCUAAACCCGCCCAAGGUUUCGGGGCUUGGUGAUGGAACUGUUCCUUCGGCUCAGACCAAACCAGGACUGAAUCUUGCUUUCUUACAUCAGUUUCUCAGCCUAAUGAGUAUCAUGAUACCGCGAUGGACUAGCAAAGAGGCCGGUUUAUUAGUCAGCCAUGGCGCAUUUUUGAUGCUUCGCACCUAUCUUUCGUUGGUAGUUGCGCGCCUAGAUGGUGAGAUUGUUCGUGACUUGGUCGCAGGUAACGGAAAGUUAUUCCUCUGGGGUAUAGCAAAGUGGUGCGGACUUGGCGGUUUUGCCUCCUACACCAAUUCUAUGAUCAAAUUCCUCGAGUCUAAAGUAUCUAUCGCAUUCCGAACUCGAUUAACAAGAUAUAUACACGACUUAUAUCUUAAUGAUAAUCUCAACUACUACAAGUUAUCCAACUUGGACGGCGGCGUCGGACAGGGAGCCGACCAAUUCAUUACACAAGAUCUAACCCUGUUCUGUGCUUCAGCUGCCAAUUUAUAUUCCUCACUUGGGAAGCCAUUUAUCGAUCUCUGUGUUUUCAACUAUCAAUUAUAUCGCUCACUAGGCCCACUCGCGUUAACCGGUCUUAUGAGCAACUACUUCCUGACAGCAAGUAUUCUGCGAAAGGUGUCGCCUCCUUUCGGCAAGCUUAAAGCAGUUGAAGGACGUAAAGAAGGAGAUUUUAGAAGUCUUCAUGCCCGUUUGAUUGCAAAUGCCGAGGAAGUCGCUUUCUAUGGUGGUGCUGAAAUGGAAAAGUCUUUCUUAAACAAGGAAUUCAAAUCCCUCAAGAGUUGGAUGGAAGGAAUCUACCUGCUUAAGAUCCGUUAUAAUAUUCUCGAAGAUUUCAUCUUGAAAUACAGCUGGAGUGCCUACGGUUAUCUCUUGUCAUCUUUACCAGUCUUCCUCCCAGCUUGGGGCGGCUUAGGAGGUGCAAUGGAGAUGGUCGACAGCGCUGAAAAGGGUGGCCGAGAGCGCAAUCGUAUGAAGGACUUCAUCACGAACAAGCGACUUAUGCUCUCACUCGCGGAUGCGGGUGGGCGCAUGAUGUACUCAAUCAAGGACCUUUCCGAACUGGCUGGUUACACUAGUCGCGUUUAUACCCUAAUUUCGACGCUACACCGUGUACAUGCCGACGCAUACGUCCCGCGACCAAGUGGCAACGAACUAUACUCGCUUUCCGACGUCCAGGGUACCAUCCAGAAGGGCUUUGACGGCGUACGAUUUGAACAUGUGCCUAUCGUUGCGCCUGGACUGUGGCCUCAAGGUGGCGAGGAAUUAUUAGAGUCGCUAUCCAUGAUCAUCCGCCGAGGAGAGCACUUGUUAAUAUCCGGUCCGAAUGGUGUUGGCAAGAGUGCUAUUGCUAGGGUCCUUGCUGGGCUUUGGCCAGUCUACCGUGGUUUAGUGAGUCAGCCCAAGUCCAUUGGUCAGGAUGGAAUUAUGUUCUUGCCUCAGAGGCCGUAUUUGAGCGUGGGCACCUUGCGUGAUCAGGUCAUCUAUCCAGAUGGUGAACUAGACAUGCGCCUCAAGCGUAAAUCCGAGGAUGAACUAAAACGAGUGUUGGAUGCUGCCAAGCUUGGCUACUUACCUGAUCGAGAGGGCGGCUGGGAUACUCGGAAGGAAUGGAAGGAUGUUCUGAGUGGAGGCGAAAAGCAAAGAGUCGGCAUUGCCCGGUUACUAUACCACGAACCCCAGUAUGCUGUAAUUGACGAGGGCACCAGUGCUGUGUCAAGCGAUGUCGAGGGUCUAUUAUACGAAACAUGCAAGGAAAGGGGUAUUACUUUGAUUACCAUCUCGACGCGUGCUUCCUUGAAGAAAUACCACACCUUUAACCUCAUGCUUGGGAUGGGUGAGACCGGCGACAAAUGGGAAUUUGAGAGAAUUGGAACAGAGAGGGAGAAGAUGCAGGUAGAACGGGAACUACAAGAGCUUCGAGAAAGGCUGUCUCAAGUUGAGCAGUGGAAGCAACGGCAUGAGGAGAUUGAGAAAGAGCUCGCACAAGUAUGGGUCGAGGGCGAUGCUUCCUUGGAUCCGCCCCCAUAUGUGGAAAAUACUGCUGAGCCCGAACCAGAGAAGGGUGAGGCCCAAUAA